AGGAGCAGUAUAUCACAUAUCACAUUUCAGUCACCCUCAUCUCGUGAAGAUAAAAUGAGACGUCAGCUAAAAAAGUUUACAAUAUAAAUAAGAGAUGCGCUUCCAGCAUUUUUUCACUCUUCUCAGCGGCCUGGUAGAAUGUAUGUUCUUUGCAGGUGUCCUCUUCGGGUGGGCAUCUCUUGUAUUUGUGCUAAAAAAUGAGAAGUAUUUUCAGGAUCUCUGUCCUUCUCCAGGAAAUCAAAGUAUUAAUGCUACUGACAGUUGCUCCCAACAGGAUGAACAAUUUUCUCUUAUAUUCACCGUUGCUGGUCUUGUGAAUAACUUUGUUACAUUACCAUGUGGAUAUAUCUUUGACCACUUUGGAACUGCUGUGACUCGUUUUAUAGCCAUAUCCAUUUACACUGUAGCUACAAUACUCAUAGCACUGUCCAAUGAAGACAUUGCAAUAGUCUUGUUUCCUGCACUAGCACUACUGACAACAGGAGGGAUACUUCUUAUGAUAACUAAUAUGCAGGUGGGAAAUCUCUUUGGGUCACACCGUUCAACAGUUAUAACAUUGUACAAUGGGGCCUUCGACUCAUCUUCAGUUGUAUUCCUGAUUGUAAAAGUGCUGUACCAAAAUGGUGUUUCACUGCGUACAACAUUUCUGUUCAUCACCUGCUGCAGUGUUUGGCAUAUUGCAAGGACACUUUUUCUUAUGCCAAACACUUUUUUUCCAUACCCUUUGCCAGAAGGCUACAGCUAUGGUUUGAAAUGUAAGAAAAACAAUGCAUCAAAACCCACAACAAUUUCAAAUGGUGAAGAAGACCUUGCUAUUAAGACUGAAGAGGGACAACUAUCCAUAAAUAGUACAUCAUUGCUUGAAACAAAAGAUGUCUCAUUCAUCAGCUGUGUACGAUCUUCUCUGUUUUGGUUCCACUUCAUCUGGCUUUCUGUUAUGCAAUUGAGACACUACAUGUUUAUUGCUACACUCAACCCCACACUAACCCGCCUAAGUGGAGGAGAUCCUCUAACCGUGAGUCAUUACACCAAUGUUUUUGCUGUGUCUCAGUUUUGUGGAAUUCUAUGUGCUCCUUGGAACGGGAUUAUCAUAGACAGAUUUAAAGGCAAAUACAAAGACUCAACGGCAGACCUACAUUCCUGUGUGGUUUCACUGGCUAUCACUGCUACACAAUGCAUGCUUUUCUCAAUCAGUGCCACACUAUCAAUACUCCCUGCCUUCUAUGCAACAUUUAUCCUGCAAGUUCUAAACCGCUCUUUCCUGUAUGGAGGCAACGCAGCAUUUCUCUCAAUAGCAUUUCCAAACCAGCAUUUUGGGAAGCUGUUUGGACUCGUAAUGUCUCUUUCAGCUGUCGUGUUGCUCUUGCAAUAUCCAGCAUUUUACAUUAUCCGGACGCAUCUACAGAGUGACCCCUUGUAUGUGGAUAUCACACUUCUUAUCCUGGGGCUCUUGGCGUUUAUUCAUCCUAUCAAUGUUUUUCGUGUUUGCAAAAAGAAAGCUGUUUCAAGGGAGUGACAGCAUGUUGUCUUCAAGCAAAUCAAUUUUCUGUAAAAUAAAAAACACUCUUCCUAAAACAA